AUGACGACCCCACAGUUGAUGCAGGAAAUGACGGCCAGUCUGCGGAGUUACAAAGUUCAAUUGGACACCGUAAACCAACAGCUGUUCCACAUAGAAAGACAAGACAAGCUUGCAGCUGUUACUGCGAAAGAGUUGAACUCAUACCCAACAGACCAUGUGUGGAGGUCCUGUGGCCGGGCAUUUAUCUUACAGGAGAAGGACAAGUACGUUGCCGAUCUCAGCAGCGGUGAGGCAGCGCUAAAGGAGCAAAUGAAGAACUUGAAGAUCAAGCAGAAUUACUUGGAGACGAGUGUUGAGAAGACAGUUGGUAACUUGAAGAAAGUAUUGGGCAAAAACGGUGAGUGA